GUGAUGUGUGGAGGAGAUAAAUCUCCAUUCAGACUGUCUCUGCUCAGAGACAGCUGAUGCUUCAGAGCAGCAUUGUUGGAUUCAAACACAGAAGCUUUAAUAAGACAAAAACGGACAAAUUUAGUUACAACUGCAACAAAGACAAAGGAUUAUAGACAAACCAACGGCUGCCGUCUGUGUGCAGACCCAGCUAGUCAUUCAGGCCAGGUCUGAGUGGAGCAGCAGAUUGAGCCAUGAGGCUGAGGUCCAGACUGCUAAACAAGAGAAGAGCUAUGCUUCCCACAAUCAGAGAGGGCAUGGAGGAGAGAGUGAAGGACCUAAAUGAAGCUAACACAUUGCACUUCCCCGACAACAGCCAGGGUAUUUCAUCUGAGGACUACUUUCUCUCCAUCUGCCACCUGGCCCGUCCCACCUUCCCAACCGGAGAUGUAUUCCCCCCAAAUCUCCAUGCAUUUCAGCAGAAUGCUGUAGAACAGAGAAUUAUCGGGACCGCUUUGUCUCCGCUGGAUUUCAGUCUGAAGGAGGAAACCAGUGGCACUGACCUCCGGCCAGUGGAGGAGAAGAAACUGGAUGGAGAGCUGAUGUGCUGCAACUCUGAUCCACUUGAGUAUCUUUAUGGAAACCAAAACAACCUCCUGGCCCUAUCAGGAAGGGUGAGGAAAGCAAUUGCUAAGGGGCAGCUGGCGAGGCAACGUGGGGACAUCAUGGAAGGCGAAGCUCGGAGGAGAUCAAACAGCAUCCCCAACACUUCAACUACAGAUUUACAGUUUCAGCGUGGGAGUAGUUCCCAUGAAAUUAUCUGCAAAACUCACACCUCAGUGUACCCUCCAGGAUACAGCUUAACCAUUUCAGAAGCCAGGAGAGGUGAUCAAGUGGACAAAGGAGCAGAAGCAGAAAAAUUGAAUCAAGCCACCCAACAGUCCUUCAUCUCCCAGUGGAUUUCAGAAUGUAGGUCAGCAUGGAGGGAGGCGCGUCAGCGGGCCUGUAUGCUGCCUGCUAUUGCUGAGGUCUAGGGAGCACAGGUGCAUUGACUGGGGCAUUCCUGAAAGAAAAAAGUUAUCUUUUCUUUCCUGAGCUGAGACAUGCAAAGCAGAGUCAGCUGAAGGUUGUCAGAGGAUGUGAUAGCAGCUUCUGAUCACCCAAAAUCCAACCAAGCACCCCAACUUGUUAUUUAUUCUGCCAGUUACUGUGUACACACUCAACUGACGUAAUAUAAAGCAUUUAAAGAUAAAUUCAUUUAUAGGAGCUAAUUAUGAAUUCCUAUAAAUAAAUAAUUAUGCAUUUUUUUUUAAGAUUAUAACUUAUUUUUACUUUUCUUAAAUAAAUGCAACAUGGCCCUAAAUAGUUUAGACCACUAGCAUAUGUACAAAUACAUCUUUGAAGUAUACAGAGAAAAAGAAAUAUUGUUUUGCUAUUUCAAUGUUUCAUCUUCUCCGUUUUUGAUGGUGAUCUUAAAAAUAAAUGAACAUGAACCAAUCUGUGAAGGCUGUUUUACAUAUUACAGCAAUUAC